UAUGCACGAGAUUCGAUCCAUGAGGGCGGAGGAGGGGAGGGAAGAAUCAGUAUCAGUAAUGAUCUUUUGAUCAGGCAAGAGAGAAUUCCGGUGGGGAGAUGAUCGAAUUAACUGCGGUUGCCACGGUGGCCGCCAAGAUCGCGCCUAAGCUCGCCGUCUUUUUUCCGAGAAGACGCAGGCUACUAGGGGAACUGGAGUAUGACAUCGAACACAUCCAAAGGGAGUGUUCGAUCAUUGCUGCCGCCAUAGCAGAUGAUGGCAAUCAUCCCCAUUCGAGCGACGCCGCGGAGGCGCAUCAGGAAUGGAUCAAGAUCGUGCGUGACUUGGCGUACGACAUUGAUGACUGCAUCGACCGCUUCAUACACCGCGUCUCGGCGGCGCCCGUCGCCGACGCCGGGUGGAUCCGUCGGAAAGCACACCGGCUGAAGACGGUGAGGGCCCGUCGCAAGUUUGCUGCGGCAAUCGUUCGUCUCAGGAAGCGGUCAGACGAGGCUUCCGAGAUGAGAAAGAAGUACACCGAUCUGGCGUACGGACACGGCCGUGCCGCCGCCGUUUUCGAGUCAGGAGCACCGGAGGCCGAGGCGGAGCCCGAGGCGUACACAGAUACCCCCGUCGGUAUGGAAGCGCCCGAGGAAGAGCUCAUGGAUCUGAUAAGGGAAAAGCCGCAAGGUGAACCUGACAGGCUCAAGGUGAUCUCCCUUGUCGGAUUCGGUGGUAUCGGCAAGUCUCAGCUUGCCAAGCGUGUGUACGGCACAAUUGACGAAAGCCAAUACCCAGCACGGGCUUGGGUCCGAGCUGCAGAGAAAGGCCCAGAAGAUCUUCUCCAAUCGAUAUUGCAGGAACUUGGAGCGCAUACCACCACCAUUAACUCAAGCUCCAGCAACAGUAAGCUCUGUGCAACCAUACAAAAGCGCCUUGGGACCCAGAGGUUCUUCAUUGUAAUUGAUGGCAUGCGGGAAGACUUUUGGGUCGAUAUAAAAGAUGCUUUCCCUGUGUUUCCUGGGGUCGACAGUAGAGUGCUCGUCACAACGGCCAGGCAGACCAUAGCAAUCAAGAGCAGCAGUCGUGAUGGUCAUGUGUAUGUAAUGAGAACUCUUGCCGACGACCACUCAAGACAAUUGUUCUAUGAGGAAGCUUCCUUGGUGUAUCCACCAACAAUUGGUGAUAAGAAGCUGAGUUCAGAAGUAAUAAAGAGAUGCGAUGGUCUGCCCCUUGCUCUUGUUACCACAGCACGGUUGUUGCACGGUGAAUCCAGACCAGAACAAUGGGCAGAUCUGGGAGGAAACCUUGGCGAACAUCUGGAGAACAAUAAGAAGUUAGCAAGUAUGCAUGGUGUGCUCGUCCGUAGCUACACCGGCCUAAGUAAGCAGCAUAUCAAGACAUGCUUGUUAUAUCUGGGUAUUUACCCAAGUGGCCGCCCAAUCAGGAGAGGAAGCCUGAUAAGGCGAUGGUCCGCUGAAGGUUUCAUCACAGCAGAGCACAAGCGCAGUGCCCGGGAGGUCGCUGUUGGUAAUUUCAACGAGCUGGUCGACUGGAGCAUCAUCCAGCCUAUUGAUGGCAGCGGCAGCAGCAGAGCAGAGGUGAAGGCAUGCCAAACUCAUGGCAUAAUGCUCGAGUUCCUCCUGCACAAGUCCAUGUGUGAGAAUUUUGUUACCUUGUUGUACGAUGAUGUUCCCCCACCCAGUAAAGUCCGUUGGCUCUCUCUGCAUAAUGGAAGUGCUGCAAGCUCCAGAAUUAAUCCAAAUGAUGUACCCUUUCUCCGUUCUCUGACAAUCUUCGGCAAGGUGCAUAAAUCUGUCUUGAAUUUUUCCAAAUAUAAAUUGAUGAGAGUUUUGGAUUUAGAAGAGUGUCAUCAACACUUGGAGGACAAGCAUCUCAAGGGGAUAUGUAGCAACCUGUUGCUACUCAGGUACCUAAGCCUCCGGGGCGCUUCUAAAAUUACAGUCAUUCCCAAAGAGGUCAAGAAGCUUCAACUUUUGGAGACACUGGAUGUAAGAGGAACGAAUAUAGAGAUUCUGCCCACGCCAGUCAUGCAGCUACCAUGUCUAAUUCAUCUGUUUGGAAAGUUCAAGCUCCCACAAGGUGUAGGAAGCCGGAAAAUGCGUAAGCUACAGGCUUGGUUGCAAGAGGAAGAGAACAGUAAACUGCAAACGGUAGCAGGAUUUGUUGUGGACGACAAGAGCCAGGGAUUUGCACAGCUGAUGGGUGAAAUGAAGAAACUGACGAAGGUGAAAAUAUGGUGUGAGUCGUCUACCACCGAUGCCAGCAGCUACUUAAGGCAUGUCUCAAAGGCCAUUAAGAAGUUCAGGAGAGGCACCGAUUCUUCUGACAACUUAAGUCAUCUCUCAGAGGCCAUCAAGGAGUUCAUCGACAGAGGCACCGACCAGAACAAAUCUCGUUCACUCUCACUGAACAUGAACGGUGCAUGGUGUCAGGACUUCCUAGAUUUCUCCCUGGAAAAUGACUCAUCCAGCUAUCUUAGCUCGCUCAAGCUACAAGGAAACAACAUAUCCAGCCUUCCUCCGUUUAUUAGCAUGCUAGGUGGUCUCACUAAGCUUUGUCUUUCAUUCUCUCAUCUUCAGCUGAGCAGCGGCAUUCUUGAAGCCCUGAACAACGUAUGCGGCCUGAAGUACCUCAAGCUGAAUGCAACUCGACUGGACGAUCUCGUUAUUCAAGAGGAUGCACUCGGAAGCCUGAAACGCCUAUGCAUCGUGGUGGAAGUCAUGAGUGGGCUGGUAAUCGAAGAGGGGGCUCUGCCAGACCUCGAGUCCCUUCAGCUUCUAUGCAAGGAUCUGAAUGGCUUUAGCAGCAUGAGGAUCCAGUCCUUGCCACGUCUUAAGGAGGUCGUCCUUCAUGAUGGAGUGAGCCAAGGAACAAAAGAGGAGUGGAAAGGAGCAACAAAGAACCACUCCAGACGUCCCAAGCUCUUGUUUGUCACGAAACAAAUGGUUGAUGAUCAUUUCAAACCGAUGGGAAUUGAGGCUGCUCCGGAAAUUAGCCCUGCGGCGACAGCUACUGACACGAUGGUUGUGGAAAGCGAGCCUGCAGAGAAUUCUAAGAGCCCUGUGGUACCACCUACCGAUACCACGUUAUUGGUGACAACGCAGCCCGACGCUAUUUCUACUCGAGAGUCUGUACAAGUCGUUACUACUUCUGAGACGGUUGAUGCUCGGGACCUGAUAGGAACUGAGUCUGCUGCGGAAAAUAGUACAGUGGCAACAACUACUAAUACGACCAAAAAGAUUGAUGUGGAAAGUGAGCCUGUGGGAAAUUCUGAGAGCCCAGCAGCACCGCCUACUGAUACGAUGUUAUCAAUGACAACGCCGCCCAAUGUCAUUUCUACUCGGGGGAGUGUACAACUUAAUGGUGGUUGCCAACAUGAUGAUGAUGGGAAGGAUCUGGAUGAGAUUGAGGACUCCGAAGACUUUGCUACGAAAAAUGGUCUGACAACUCAUGUGAUAGAUCAGAUGAGCAAGGAAAGUUAUAAAGUGGAGAUGGAAGGACCAUGUUUAGAGGGUCUGCAUAGGGAAGAUGGCACCCAGAAACGAGGACUACAAAACAAACAGCGUCUGCGCGUGAGGUUGUCAUCUCUGGUGGCAGUUGGGAUCUUUCGUCAAGGAAAUCGACGGGGGCGAUUGGUGCAUCGUCUGGGUUAAUUUUGCUUGUGACGGGACUGAGGUGUGCUUUGACUAUCAGGUUCUGGGUGUACGAGACUGCUACGUCUAUGGGGACUUGUCUCCUCAAGUUGAUGAAGUUCUUCCAAUAAAUUUACCUUGAAUCCACAUGAGCAUUUUCAUGAAUGCUGAUUUAGUGGUUGUCUGCUGCAACAAAGUUCGCAUGUAUGUUGUUGGAUAUAUAUAAUUGGUUCUAUUCGACUUUGACAUUUACUAUUUGAUUGCCAAUGCCAGAAUACAAACAUUAUCA